GUUGGCAGCACAGCACAGUUGCUUUGCAUAUUAUUAUUCUAUCCUUAUAAUAAAUGGAAUUACUCUGUGCGGUCUUUUCUGUUUAGAUAACCAAAUUCUCAUUCGUAUCAACAAUAUAUUCACCCAUUAAAUUUCAUGAAGAACUUAUGAAAUUUGUCUCUGUGAAGUGAAUCCUUGACAAAAUAAUAUUGUUUCAAAAUGUUUUGGCAAUGUUUCACGUUACUAGUAAUAUUGCCAGUAAUAUUCAUUGGAGUCCUGUCAAUAGCUGCUUUCGUGCUGGUUCCGUUGGCCUUUAUAUUCGCAUCAUGGUAUAUGAGGAUCCGGGAACGUAAGCUUCAGAGGAGAAAUCGUGAUGGCGCAAACGUGGCAUUCUUUCAUCCGUAUUGCAAUGCUGGAGGUGGAGGAGAAAGAGUACUCUGGGUUGCCAUUAAAGCAUUGUUGGAAAGGUAUCCUGACACAAACAUUUACAUAUAUACCGUGGAGACUGCAGAACCUAAAUCAAUAUUGGACAAAGUACAGAACCAAUUCAACGUGAAAGUGGAACCGACAAAGAUUAAUUUCGUACGGUUGUCAAUGCAGAGGCUGAUCGAAGCCAAAACGUAUCCAUACUUCACGUUGUUACUGCAGAGUCUGGGGUCAAUGAUCUUGGGUAUGGAGGCUUUUAUGAAACUUAAUCCAGACGUAUACAUCGAUACAACGGGGCACGCCUUCACAUACCCCAUAUUCCGGUACCUGGCCCAAUGCCCCGUGGGGUGCUACGUACACUACCCGGUUGUGACGUCAGCAAUGACCCGCCGGGUCAAGCAGCGCGUAGUGGGGUACAAUAACUCGAGCGUUAUAGCCAGAAACCCCAUAUUCACUUAUAUGAAGUUGACGUAUUACAAGAUUUUCAGAUGGUUAUAUCGGCUGGUGGGGCGUUGUUCUGAUGUGGUGAUGGUGAACGGCAGCUGGACUGAAGGUCACAUCAACGACGUUUGGGGGGUGCCCUUCCACACCUACAGGGUGUUCCCGCCGUGCGAUGUGUCAGAACUGAAACAGCUCAAUUCCCUGGUGAAAGACACGGACCCCAUCCGCAUACUGUCAGUGGCCCAGUUCAGGCCGGAGAAGGAUCACCCGCUGAUGCUGCAGGCUAUGUACGAGCUGAGGAACCUGCUGGUGAAGAAUGAAAUGCUGUGGAAUAAAAUAAAAUUAGUGCUGGUCGGUUCCUGUCGCAACGCCGAAGACGAGGAACGCGUACAGAACCUGAAGGAUCUGUCCAAACACCUGUCGGUGGAGCGUUCUGUCCAGUUCGAGGUGAACGCGCCGUUCGCGAGGCUGCUGCAGCUCUACCAGACCAGCUCCAUAGCAUUACACGCUAUGUGGAACGAGCACUUCGGCAUCGGUGUGGUCGAGUGCAUGGCGGCGGGUCUCAUCACCAUCGCUCACCGCUCGGGGGGCCCUCUAGCGGACAUCAUUGAGACUACGGAAACUUCUCGGACAGGGUUUCUCGCGGCGGAACCUGACGAGUAUGCGCGCGCAAUACUGGAAGUAAUUGCUUUACCGCCUGAAGAGAAGAAGAGGAUUAUCGAGGCGGCAAGAUCGUCAGUGGACCGUUUCUCAGAGAAGGAAUUCGAGAAAGCGUUCCUCCGCGCCGCCGAGCCACUCCUGCGCAGCGACUAGCGGCCGGCCGCCGCGGCCUGGCUCGCCGAAUUACAACACAUUACUGACAAUUACUGGAAUAGCACUUUCGAUUAAUUGCUACACAGAAUUUCUUGGGAAAAUUUUAUUAAUAAUGUCAGAUAAUUUGCUAAGUGAAAUAUUAUAGAUAUAAAUGUUGUCACGGCCUCUUAAACUAAAUAAAAGAGGUAGAUAGGUAGGUAUGUAAUAAUGUGUACAAAAUGCAUACCUGCGAAAAACAAAUUAAUAAAAUAAUUUAGGUACAGUAGAAAUAAAAAUUUUGUCAAAAAAAUAGCUUACGUUACGAUUCUCUAUUGUACGGCCUAUACUACAUAAAAAGUUGAAAAUUUAGUUCGCUAGAUUUUUCAAAUGAUGUAUAUUUUGGAGUGUAAAUUAUUUGUUGUAUAUAUUUUGAUCAAAUUAAGAACAUUUUGGCAAAGGGUCAGGUCAAGAAUACCAGAAACCGCCGAGCUUGCAUGAAGAGAGUUAUGAAUGUGGACGAAGCGAAGGAAGUAUGCAGAGAUCGUGGCAAGUGGAAAGAUGUAGUCUCUGCCUACCCCUCCGGGAAAUAGGCGUGAUUUUAUGUAUGUAUGUAUGACUGAGAGACAUAUCAGCGCACAGCACAAACCGCUGGGUAUCGAGAGUUGAAAUUUGGCGUGUAACCUACACCUUUAUGUGGUCUAGAGGUGCACUAAGAGAGGAUUUCCCGAAAUUCCCGCGGGAACGGGAAUUAUAGUGGUUUUUCGUUUCACGCGGGCGUCCUCUAACUAAUGAAAAUAAAUAGAAAUGGGAAACUAAUAAAAAUAAGAAGCAUUUUCAAUGUCGAGUUAACUAUUAUAUGUAAGUACAUAACUAUAUGGAAAUAAAUAAUCUGGUUAGAUCAGGUUAUCGCAUUUUUAUUGUACGAUAUCGCUUAUUCGCUGUAAUUACCUGCCCUCUUAGCAAUGCGUCAAAACUAUCGGAAGCGUUCCUAUAUUACGACAAGCUUAGAUUAUUGUACCGCUAAGCUAGAUACCGCGUAGGAGCUGAAAUAAAACAUUGACCUCUUUUGUAAAGCGAUAAUUUAAUGGUAUCACUCCAUCUAGUAAUAAAUAUAUCUAUGGCUAUCGAUUUGACGAUGGCUUUUUCGAUUAUCGUUUCACAUUUGGUGAGAGACGGGCUCAUCUCCUUAUUCUGGAUUUUGGUCAUAAUUCACGAAUGUAGACAAGAAAUAUGCCUUAUCUUCUCUCUCUUUCUAUAUCUGAGGUUAACCUUAAAGACUAGAGUGAGAGAGAAAAUAAGAAUGUGCCCGUUAGGCCAAGUAUAUCAGGAUAAUAGGUGGAUGAAAUACUUAAUUGUAUAUAGAAUAGUGAUAAUGAUAAAAUACGUUCCAUUAGUUUUAAGGAAUGGCAAUAAAUUAUUUACCAAAGUUA